GGAAACAAAAUUCUUGUUCAGUGUAAGGUUGAACAAGAAUUCAUCAUCAUCAUAAUGGAAGCCUCUGCCGGAGUUUUACGCCGAUUUCCUUCAGUCACCGGCGCCGUUGCCGGAAUUAGUAGCAACCCAUUUCACCGUAGUUGUGGAUUUUCAUGUUCCAGUUUGAAAUCGGUUAAGGUGAAGAAGGAAUUUGGGGUUAAUUUGGGUUGUGAGUUUUACGAUGAGGGUUAUUUGGAGUAUUAUUCUUCCGGUAGAGGUGGAGUUAUUAGGUGUGGGAAGAAGAAGAAAGAGAAGGAUAUGACGGAGUUGAAGAAGAAAACGAAGAAGAAGAUGAAAUUUCUUAAGGGUUUGUCGAGGAAUCUGUCGAAUUUGAAUGAAAUGGGAUUUGGGUUUGGUUCUGAUCAUGUUGAUUUGGUUGAUCAAGUUCAAGGGAAGACAAUUUCGGAAGCGGCGGAUCUUUUGCUAGGACAGCUUCAACAACUAAAGGCAGAGGAGGAGGAGUUGAAGAGGAAAAGAAAAGAAGAAAAAGCACUCAUGAAGAUGAAAGUAGCAAGUCAAGUACAGAGCAGCACAAGGAACUGUGAAAUGUUAUCAUCUUCCAGCUCGUCUUCCGAAUCGAGUGAAUCAAGUGAUGAUGAAUGUCAAAAUUUGGUCGACAUGAAAAGCCUGAAAAUCGGAACACUUGCCCAAACAAUUCCCGAGGCAUGUGACCGAGCACUUGAGAAUGCAACAUUAAGUCCUGGCAUUUCAACAAUAGUCGAGCCUCAGACUCUAAAUCCAGAAGUGGAUACAUCAGUAGAGAUCUCAAGCAUGUCAUCAACUUCCAUGGAGGAAGCAACAGGGAGGACGACAAUUUUAGAAGUUCUGGUCCCUGAGCAAAAAGGUGAAUGCUGCUUGGAAGUUAGUGAUAGUCACAUUGGCAAUGUAGGCAGCAGUAUCACAUUAGGCAACAGGUCUAAUGCAUCUAUAGCAGCAGCUACAACAACAACAGCAGAGGGGACAAAGAGAAUUGAAGUAUGUAUGGGUGGUAAAUGUAAGAGAUUAGGCGCUGGAGCGCUACUAGAAGAAUUCCAACGUGUUACCGGGAUUGAAGCUGCAGUCUCAGGAUGCAAAUGCAUGGGAAAGUGUAAAGUUGGUCCUAAUGUCAGAGUUUCAGGCAGCAACAGCAGCUCAGACGCCUUCCAAACUGGUGACUCGGUUGCUGUUAGCUCUGCUUCUCCUACUACUAGUAACUCUCUAUGUAUUGGGGUUGGUUUAGAGGAUGUGAGUCUAAUUGCAGCCAAUUUACUUGGCAGAUAUCCAGAAGUAGGAUUAGCCAAUGCUUUGCCUUAGAACAAUGUUCUGUUCUUUCAUUAGCAUGUAGUAGGUGGGCUUUUGAAUUGCUUUUUGUUUAUGUAAAAAUCAUCAAAUAUAGAUUACUUUUGCUAUUUAUGUAAAUAUUAUCAUUACAUAGUGAGAUUGUACUUUU